AUGGCUGAGGUGCCGGAGAGCAGAAGAGUGCUAAUAACAGGAGUGAGCAGAGGUCUCGGAAAGUCACUAGCUUUAGAAUUUGCCAGACUUGGGCACACCAUAAUCGGGUGUUCUCGGUCAGAGAAGAAUCUUGAUGAUCUUCAGACUCAACUCUCGUCGGAUGAUCAAAAACUCAGCAACCAUCUUUUCAUUAACGUCGAUGUGAGGUCAGAUAGUAGUGUGGCAGAGUUGGCACGGGUUGUAUUGGAAAAGAAAGCUGUUCCGGAUAUCAUAGGGACGGUAAAUCAGAAGAACAGAAUCUGGGAGGUACCAGAGGAGGAGUUUGAUAUGGUCAUUGACACAAACUUAAAAGGAACAGCAAAUAUGUUACGUCAUUUUAUUCCUUUAAUGGUUGAGAGCAGUGUUACAGAAAUCGGGAAUCGGACCUAA